AUGGACGAAUGGGACCGAAGGGAAAGAGCACAGAGGGAGCAAGAUCGCGUGAGGAAGCUAGAGAGGAAGGCUAAGGACGCCGGUAACGCUGACUUCGCGAACACAAAUAAUGAUAACCAGAGGGAAAUCAUCAUGAAGCCCGAAAAACCUCGACAAACAGCGACUGCCAAAGCCGGGGUAACUCAGAAGUCACGAAAGUGGCCAAAGAGGGAGAAGCAGCAGGUCUCCGGGGCACAGUUGGCUCCAGAGGCGGAGCAGGGUCGCAAAGGAGAAAGGAAAGGGCAAAGCCAAGACUCAAGCAGUGUUGGAAUCAGCCAAUAG